AUGGGGUUGUCUGAAGCUUCGGGACAGAGGGACACACAGGCACUGUUGCCUGUGACACAGGCCAUGGAGCUGAGGAAGCGAGACUACCAUGUGGAGCGGCCACUGAUGAACCAGGAACGGUUGGAGGAGCUGGGGUGCUGGACCUCAGCAACCAGGACCCACCAGUGGCGAACCUGGUUUCAGUGCUCCCGUGCUCGGGCCCGAGCCCUUCUGUUCCAGCACCUCCCAGUUUUGGCCUGGCUACCCCGGUAUCGCUUGCGUGACUGGCUCCUGGGCGACUUGUUGGCUGGCCUGAGUGUGGCCAUUAUGCAGCUACCACAGGGCCUAGCCUAUGCCCUCCUGGCUGGACUGCCCCCCGUGUUUGGCCUCUACAGCUCUUUCUAUCCUGUCUUUAUCUACUUCCUGUUCGGCACUUCCCGGCACAUCUCCGUGGGUACCUUUGCUGUCAUGUCUGUGAUGGUGGGCAGUGUGACAGAAUCCCUGGCCCCGGAUGAGAACUUCCUGCAGGGUGUGAACUCCACCGUCGAUGAGGCGGCCAGAGAUGGUGUGCGGGUGCAGCUGGCUUCCACGCUCAGCGUCCUGGUCGGCCUCUUCCAGGUGGGACUGGGCCUGGUCCGCUUCGGCUUUGUGGUCACCUACUUGUCAGAGCCCCUGGUCCGCGCCUAUACCACGGCCGCGUCUGUGCAGGUCUUCGUCUCGCAGCUCAAGUAUGUGUUUGGCCUCCAACUGAGCAGCCACUCGGGGCCACUGUCCCUCAUCUAUACAGUGCUGGAGGUCUGCUCGAAGCUGCCCUGGAGUGUGAUGAACACGGUGGGCACGAUGGUCACUGCGUUGGUGGCAGGGGUGGUGCUGGUGCUGGUGAAACUGCUCAACGACAAGCUGCGCCGAUAUCUGCCCAUGCCGAUCCCUGGGGAGCUGCUAACGCUCAUCGGGGCCACAGGCAUCUCCUACGGUGUGGGCCUAAAGGCCAGAUUUGGGGUGGAUGUCGUGGGCGACAUCCCUGCAGGGCUGGUGCCCCCAGCGGCCCCCAGCCCCCAGCUGUUCGCCAGCCUGGUGGGAUAUGCCUUCACCAUCGCUGUGGUUGGUUUUGCCAUUGCCAUCUCACUGGGGAAGAUCUUCGCCCUGAGGCACGGCUACCGGGUGGACAGCAACCAGGAGCUGGUGGCUCUCGGCCUCAGUAACCUCAUUGGGGGCAUCUUCCAGUGCUUCCCCGUGAGCUGCUCCAUGUCCCGCAGUCUGGUACAGGAGAGCGCCGGGGGCAACACACAGGUGGCCGGAGCUGUCUCCUCCCUCUUCAUCCUCAUUAUUAUCGUCAAACUUGGGGAGCUCUUCAGAGACCUGCCCAAGGCAGUCCUGGCAGCUGCCAUCAUCGUGAACUUGAAGGGCAUGUUGAAGCAGUUCGCCGACAUCCGUUCCCUCUGGAAGUCGAAUCGAAUGGAUCUGCUCAUCUGGCUGGUGACCUUUGUGGCCACCAUCCUGCUGAACCUGGACAUCGGCCUGGGGGUCUCAGUCGUCUUCUCCCUGCUGCUCGUGGUGGUCCGCACGCAGCUGCCCCGCUACUCUGUCUUGGGGCAGGUGCCAGACACGGACAUUUACCAAGAUGUGGUCGAGUACUCAGAGGCCAGGGAGGUCCCAGGUGUGAAGGUCUUCCGCUCCUCAGCCACCAUGUUCUUUGCUAAUGCUGAGCUCUACAGCGAUGCGCUGAAGCAGAGGUGUGGUGUGGACGUUGACCACCUCAUCUCCCAGAAGAAGAAGCGGCUCAGGAAGCAGGAGCUAAAGCUGAAGCGACUGCAGAAGAGUCUCCAGAAACAGACUGCCGCCUCCGAGGUCACAUCUGUUUCCAUCGAAGUCAACACCAGCGUCAGAGACAUGGAGAGCAACAACGUGGAGGACUCCAAGGCCAAGGCGAGCACAGGGAAUGAGCUAGAGGAUACAGCAGCCGGCGGUCAGGAGGAUGCUAAGGCCCCAAAUGGGUCCACACUGAAGGCCCUGGGCCUGCCUCAGCCACACUUCCACAGCCUUGUCCUGGACCUGGGCGCCCUCUCCUUCGUGGACACUGUGUGCAUCAAGAACCUGAAGAACAUUUUCCGUGACUUCCGAGAGAUCGAGGUGGAGGUCUAUAUGGCCGCCUGCCACACUCCUGUGGUCGCGCAGCUUGAGGCCGGGCACUUCUUCGAUGCUUCGAUCACUAAGCAGCAUCUCUUUGCCUCUGUCCACGAUGCUGUCCUCUUUGCUCUCCAACACCCGAGGUCCGACCCUGCCAGCCCUGUUUUGAUGACCAAACUCUGACCAUGCCGCCGCCCUGCCUGAGACUGCUCACCUCUGCAGGUUGUGACCAGGCACUUGUGAGAAACUCCCUGCCCCUGGGCUGCCUCCAGAUGUCACCCAGGAGUCCCCUCCAUAUUCACACACACUCACACAUAACUCAGGGAUGGAUGUCCUGGGUCUCCCAAGUUCAGUGCUAUAGGCCUGGGCCUGGGAUGGGACACUGGAGUCAGACCGGCCGGGUUGGGGGAAGAUGCAUAUUUUUAGCCCCAGAAAUAAAGACCUGUUUGCCUAC